AAAGUUUGUAUAAAAUGAAAGAUUUUUGGCUACAAUUGCAUCAUUCACUAAUCAAGUGAUCCAACAAUCAAUCUUAUUCUGAAAAAGUUUAAAGUAUUAAUCUAAAAUAUAAAAAUUAAUUUUCUACAUUGAAAAAUAACAAGUUGAAAAAGAAUUUAUAAAUAAAAAUGGAUAGUAAAUCACCAAAACUUACAAUCGCAUCAGUUGAAGGAGGAAUUAUAUCACCAGAAAAGUUCAUCGAAACAUCUCCAGUCAACAAGUCACCAGCAUCUAUUUCACAAGAUGAAUCAUCAUGUGAAUCUAUCCAAAAAUCACUAAACUUCACUAACGAUUUAGACGCUCAUUUAAAGGAAGCUAGAAUGGAACGAGAUGAAGCUAUGGAAGAUCGUGAUCGACUGUUUAAAAUUCUUGAACGACGCAGCAUGGAAAUCGAGCGUCUUGAAGCUGAUUCGAAGGUAAUGAGACAACAAUUGCAAGCUUCGAUUAAUGCCAAGUGUGAGGCAGUCAGGAAGUAUGAAGAAGUGCAACAUAAAAUGACUGAAAUUGAGUUCAAGGAAAAAAGAUUCGACCAAGAAAGAAUCUUGACUCAAAAUCAGAUUGAAAUGAUUUCGAAUGACUUGACAAGAAACAUUUUGGAACUCCAACAAAGCCGAAAGGAAUCGACAAUGAGGAUCAUGAUGUUGGAAAGUAAAUUGCAUGAAAAAAGUACGGAACUGAAGAUGGCAACAAUGAAUGAGGCACAGUUGAGAGAAUCUAAUGAAAUGUUGACUGCUAAAGUCGAGGAAAUGUCCAAGGAAAUCCUGAAGCUCAAUGAAGAAUUUUCAGCAUCAAUGAAAAAGUACCAGCAUGAAUUAUCUUCAAAAACAAGACUAGUCGAAUUAUUCAAGGAGAAAUCGGAAGAUGCUGUGAAUGUCCAAAAGGAAGUGACAUCAGUUGUAUCUGAGUUGAGGGAAUCAUUAAAGGAAGCAACAGAUGAGUACGGAUUAUUGGAAACAAAGUUGAAGCAAAAAGAUAUGGAGCAUCAAAAUCAAGUCGAGGAGCUGACAAAACUCAUUGAAGAUCUUAAACAUGAACUUUUAAAUGGGAAUCAACUUCUUGAAGCUGCAAAGAGAGAAAAUUUGGAAAUUGCUGUAGAAAAAUUGUGUCCAUCGGCAGUACCAAAUCAAAAGCUAUCAAAGUCUGGUCAUUCAAUUACUCAAGUUUACUCGAUGUAUGUCAAUGCCAGUGAGGACCUUGAUGUCCUUAAUUUAGAGCAUGAAAAGUUGAAGGAAACAUUUACAGCAGUUGUACAGGAAAUUGAGGAAAAAGCACCAGAAAUUCAGAAAUGUCAAGUUGAAUUAAGGAAACUCCGUGAAGCUUAUCAGACACUCAGUGCUGACUAUCGAGUCUUAAAAGAUGCAAGAAUUAUUGCAGAAGGUAAAGUUGAGAUGCUAAUGGAUGAAGUCAAUAAAGUCACUAAGAAGUAUAAGGAUAUGCAAAGGGAAAAUAAGGAUUUGAGCUCACAAGUUUGUCAAUUGCUGCAUGUCAUUGAAGGUAAACCAAUGAUGAGGAGAGUUAGUAACAACUUUGUUGGUGAUAAUUACGUGACAUUCAGCAAUGUUGAGGAACUUCAAGCUAAUAACUUAAAACUUGUUGCAUUGGUCCAUGAGAUGUCUGAUGCAAUUAAUCAAAUCGAAGAUACAAAGACUGUUAAGCAGGAAGUUGAUGCUAAUUCGAGCACUUUGAAAAUUGCUGCUGUUGAGUCAAAGCAGGAACAAGUUGAGAAGUUGGAAGUAUCAGUAAUUGAAAGCAAGGAAUAUCUUGAAGUAUCCCAAAAGUUGCACCAAUCCGAAGAAAGUCUCAACAGCCUUAAAUCAAAGCACCAAGAAACUCUAGACAAGAAGAUUGCAGCCAUUGAGCAACUCAAUAGUCAACUCGACCAAGUUAAGUCACAACUGUCAGAGACAUCAGGAACAAACUACAAACUACGUGCAGAAAUUGAACACAAAGAAGCUCAACUAAAGAUCCAACAAAAGAACAUCGAAUCUACAAAGAGGAAGCUUCAAAGUAUGGAAGACAAGACUAAGAAUUCAGGUACAACAAUGGCUAAACUUGAAGUUUCAUUGACUCACUUGCGUGAUGAACUUCAGUCAUGCUCAACAAAAUUAAGCAGAUCUGAGAUUACAAUUGUAAAUUUAACAAAGGAGAACAAGAAUUUGAUCAAAUUAGAAGCUCAACUAACAACUGAAAAUGAAAUGUACAAGAAGCAGCAACAAAUUCAAACUCAAAUGAUGAGCAGCCUCGAGUCCAUUAAAGCAACUCUCGAAAGACAAGAAAACGAAAAAAGCUCAACAAAAAUGGCUGAAAAAUUGGAUGAAAUGAGCGAUAAAUGUGAGGAGCUCCAACAAAUGCUUAAAAAUGAGAAGAAGAACUUUGAAGACUUUGAAGUGCAAGCAAAUGCAACAAUUGAGGAACUUGAAGGUGAGCUCCAGCGUGUACAUGAUGAACUUUUGAUGGCAAAUGAAGAAAUUGACAAAAAGUCAAAGAAAAUUGAGGAAAUUUCAAAGAAAGCUUUAACAAAAGAUGAAGAAAGCCAGUCAGAUCCUGAAAGUGACACAGAAAUUGCGAAAUUGAAGGAAAACAUGUCACAAUUAAGGAAGAUUGGUAAGCGCUAUAAGGAUCAAUAUUUAUCAUUAAAGGAACAAUUUGAUACACUCAAGUCUGAAAAUGAAAAAUUAUUAGUACAAAUUGGGGAUGAAACCUCAAAACUUAAUGAAAGCAUCGAACAAGAAGCAUCAACAAAAACUUUACUUGUAAAGGCACGAAGCAUCAUCACGAAAUUGAGUGAAGAAAAUGAAGAUCUGAAGCUGCAAAAGGAAGAAGUUGAGAAAAAGGUCAGCGAUUCAAUUCAAAAGGAUUCACAAUGUUUCAUCUCAUGUGUUGGCUCAUCUGCUGAUUUGGAAGUAUUUACAACAUCCAUUGAACUUCCAGUAGCUCAAAGUGAAGGCAUGGUUGAUGAAUCUACUGUUGUUGAACAGACUCUAGUUCAGGAUCAACAAAUGGAAGCAAUUAAAGUAGAAGAAACAAAAUCACCAAAAGCUGUGACUCAAAAGCGAGCACGAGAAGACGAUGCAGAGGGUCAAGUUGAGGAAGUAGCAACAGAUAAGUCGGAUCCAAAAGAAGCAACAGAAAAACGCAUCAAAAUUGAUGAAGUCAAAAGUUUAACAAUUGAAAAAUCCGAAUCAUCCAAAGUUGAAGAAUCUGUUGCAUUGGAAGUGGAAGUAGAAAGUCAAGUUGAGAACCAAACUGAAGAAACUCUUGAAAUUCAAGAAAUCUCAUCAGAAAUUGAAAAUGAGGAAAAUAAAUCAGUUGAAGAAGUAAAAGUUGAUGGAGACAAAGCUGACAAUCAAGAAACUGGUGACAAGGAAGCAGAAGCUGCACAAAAUGCAAGGAAUGAAGUGGUUGAAGACAAAAUAGAAGCAGUAGUUGCUGAUAAUUGUGAUGUUAUUACAUUAGAUUAAAAUUGAAUAUGGAAUUUUAUUAUAAACAUUUUGAAAAAAUUAAUAAAUUUAUUAAAAUUGAAAACUUAAUCAACUUUUUUUCUUAAUUUUGUUUGUGACAAUUAAACGCAAUCACUGGACUUUUACAGUGGGCAAUUACAAGUUUUUAGAUUUAAU